CGGAUCGAUUGGAGGGUCGCUCAUCCAUAUCAGCCGUUGAAUAACGACACGAGAGGAGACCAACACAAGGCUCUCACUUCUGAUUCAUACAAAUUAUCAGGAGCAGGCUUAACAUGCACCAUGGUAUACAAUGUGCACCUUUUUUUGCCGGUGUUGCCUUGGGGAUGGUCCUCUACUAUGUACUAUUUCCUCACCCACUAAUAAUUCACAUCGGGGGUACAUCCCAGUAUAUCCGUGAGGAUGAGGUCAUUCAAAGAUUGCUAGAUACAUUUUAUACGGAGCAAGAAGUGGAUCGACGUCAUCUGAGAGAUCAAGUCGAAGUAGUCACAACUCAGGAUAAAAAGAUUUUGAAAAUGGCAAACAAUAAUACUACAAUCAGAAAAGACGUGGAAGAUCCAGUAAAAAUUCACUGUGUUGUUUUCAUCAACGAACAUUACGGACUCCGGCUUGCAACCGCUGUAGCGAAUACGUGGGGCAAACGAUGCUCCUCUUUAGCCUUUGUAGGAAGAGCUCUAAAUCAGACUACCCCCUAUACCAUUAUACAUUCUAACCAUUCCUUUUAUACCUCCAUAUCCGAUGCCCAAAAAGUGAUGAGUGAAGCAAUUCUAUACAUUAAAAACAAAACAUUCCAAAACAAUGACUGGUUUCUAUUUUCUACGGAUACAACAUUUGUAAUUUUGGAAAAUCUACGCCUUUUUCUUUUGAAUCAUACGUCAUUGAAACCAAUUUAUGCCGGUGAAAUUUCGAAAAAGGCCAAUGGAUUCAUAAGACCGUUUCAAAGUGGAGGGAUAGUGUUUAGCAAGGAAUCGCUCAGAGCACUGAACGUAAGUUCCAUCACAUCGUGUACAGAGGAAGAGACCUAUGAGUUAACGAAAGGUCUGUGUCUGUCAAUCAAUGGACUGAUUGACGUGACCCCAAUUGGUCCUCACGGACAGUCUCUGAUGAAUCUACUCCCAGUUAAACUACUUAUGAGAACAAAGGUUUCCCAGGAAGAACAGGUUUCUCCAAGCCCUUACACUGUCUCCGUGCGAUUUCUUUCUAGUCAAAAUAUGUAUUCGUAUGAAAUGCUUGUGUAUAACUUGAAUCCUUACGGAAUCAAUAAAAUGUACAUGUAAUUAUUAAAGCUUAAAAAAUUCUGUAGAAUUGGGGUUAAAAAA